AUGGAUGGAAACCGUAGGUACGCGAAAAAUGCCGGACUUCCAUUGAAGGAGGGCCACAGAGCAGGCGCAGAGUCACUGGCAAAAGUGCUCACCUGCUGCUACAAGCUGGGUGUCAAGGACGUUACAGUUUAUGCAUUCUCGAUUGAGAACUUCAAUAGACCCCAGAGUGAGAUCGACACAAUUUUCCAGUUAUUGAAGAGCAGACUGGCAUAUAUUGCUUACGAAGAUUCGCCGGUUAAACAGUUUCAUCUUUCUAUCAAGAUUGUGGGAAACAGGACCCUGAUACCAAGUGAUGUCCUUGCCGAUCUGGAACAGAUCGAGGAAUCAACAGCAGGAAACACCGCCCACAACCUCUUCAUUGCCUUUCCUUAUACAUCAAGAGACGAUAUUGUUCAUUCCGUGACCGAGAUCACUCACAAAGUUAAAAGUGACGAGCUGAAAGUGUCUGAGAUCACGGCUGAAACAAUCGAAAAUAACUUUUACUACCGCGGAGAGGCCUCGAAAGUGGACAUUCUGGUGAGAACUUCUGGCCACACUCGUCUAAGUGACUACAUGUUGUGGCAGUGCCACCAGGACAGCGUGAUCUCGUACUCCAACACCUUGUGGCCGAACUUCAAGUUUUACCACACCUGGUGGACGAUCUUCAAAUGGAGCUACUACAAAACACUGAUUUUGGAGGACGCAGAAACAAUGCAGAUCAAGCGGAUCACCGACAAGGAGAUCAACGAGAGAUACAAGGAGCCGAUCCUGAGUUUGUCGCACCCACCGUUCGCCUCGGUCACCAAGGUUACUUGA